ACGCUCGUCCUUAACCCGGAAGUGGCUCGCGGAGGGGGUCGUCCUGAGGCGGGAGGCGCAUCGCUACCUGGCUGCCUCGCGUCCUCCUCCGCGGCAGAGUUCGAGCAGCGGCCCGGACUUCCUGGUACGCCGCCGGCGUAAUCGGCGAGAGGGGAGACCUCGUGGAAUCGAACGGAAGGUGAGCUUCGCCGGUGGCCUUCGGACGUUUGCAACUUGUCGUCCCGGCUCGGGGCAUCUGUCAGCGUUUGAAACGCUGCGGCGGAACGGCGGGCUCAGUGACCGCGGAGCUCCGCUCUGGCUUGGUCAUGAGUGCCUCGAGGAAGGAGCCAGUGGAAAGCCAGCGCCCCCGAAGCCACGUUUGCCCAGCCCGGGCCGCCCCGGGAUCCCACCAUGGGGAAAAGAGGCCACCGUGGAGCCCUGGGAGGACACCGACUUCCACCUGUACAAGGUCAUCGACCGUUUCGGCUUUGUGCACGAGAAGGAGCUUCCGUCGUACGACUCUGCGGAGGAAAAGCACAGGCACACGGAGUUGGAGAGGACGACCAAGUGGCUGAAGAUGCUGAAGAGUUGGGACAAAUACAAGAACAGCGAAAAGCUCGUGCGCAGGAUCUACAAGGGAAUCCCGCUGCAGCUCCGGGGGGAAGUCUGGUCGCUGCUGCUGGACGUUCCCAAAAUCAAGGAGGACAAGAAGGACUUCUACGAGAGGCUGAAGGCCAGAGCCAAGGGCUCGUCCCCCGACGUCCGCCAAAUCGACCUGGACGUCAACCGCACCUACAGGGAUCACAUCAUGUUCAUGCAUCGCUACGACGUCAAGCAGCAGGCGCUCUUCCACGUACUCACGGCCUACUCCUUGUACAACAUGGAGGUGGGCUACUGCCAGGGCAUGAGUCAGAUCACGGCACUGCUGCUCAUCUACAUGAACGAAGAAGACGCCUUCUGGGCUUUGGACAGGCUGCUGUCGGGACCCAAGCACGCCAUGCACGGCUUUUUCGUCCCGGGCUUCCCCAAGCUGCUGCGCUUCCAGGACCACCACGACCGCAUCCUGAAGAAGAUGAUGCCCAAGCUCAAGCAACACCUGGACAGCCAGGAGGUGCUGACCAGCCUGUACACCAUGAAGUGGUUCUUCCAGUGCUUCCUGGACAGAACUCCCUUCACCCUGACGCUGAGGAUCUGGGACAUCUACAUCCUGGAGGGCGAGAGAAUUCUUCCGGCCAUGUCCUACACUGUCCUCAAGCUGCACAAGAAGCACCUGAUGAAGUUGUCCAUGGAGGAGCUGGUGGACUUCCUGCAGGUGACGUUGGCCCGAAAUUUCUUUUUCGAGGACGACUUUGUGGUGGAGCAGCUUCAAGCCUCCGUGGCGGAGCUACGGAGGGCCAAGCUGGAGAUGCCCGCUCCAGGUAAAGACGAGGAGUUCCCCAAGAAGCCGCUCGGGCAGCUCCCCGAGCCGACGGCCAACCACGUGGCCAACGGUCAGAGCCGCGCGGAGCCGCUCGCUCCGAGAUGGGCCGGUCGUCCCCCGAGUCGGUUACGCCGAGACUCUCCGGACAAGUCGGUACGCCGGCGCCAAACCGACGACGGGCUCGAGGUGGCCUCCGACGGGCGGCGCCCGCUCGAAAGGGAGGCGGGAGAGAGACUCGCCCCCGCCGAGCGCAACUCCGACGUCGGGCCUCGUUGGUUCAAACCCUCCGAGACCAAGCUGGAAGCUGCCAAAGCCAUGGCGGCGCAGGAGGACCGGCUGAGGCGGACGGGGGCGGCGGGCCGCGUCCCCUCCGGUCCAGAUGACGCCCAGCAGGCCGAGCGCCGCGCGGGCCCCGAAGACCGUGGUUCCAAUGCUUCCCAGUACGACAACGUACCGGGUCUAGAGCCGGAGUUCCACAUCCCGGAGCUGGAGAGACCGCCGACCAGGACGCGGGCCGCUCGCGGCGGGAACGACUUUUUGCGCCCGCCUCGUCAUCCGGCGGGAGACCGGACUCGAUUUCCCGCAGAGCAAAACUGCUACCGCGUCGGUCCCGCGGGGUUCAGACAGCACGACGGGGGGGUCGGCGCUCAGGCUUGCCCCGAGCGGCGGCCCGACGAGAUGUCCCCGGAGCGAGCUCUCGUCGACUACUUUUUAAGCCGCCGCGGGGGGCCGCCGCAGCCCCCCUGGUGGCCGGAGCAGCGGGGCCUGCCGGAGACGACCUCCACGGCACAGGUCCACGCCCACCCCCCUUCGGACUACUGGCUCCGGGAAGGGGGACCCCCCGGAUCCCGCCGGGAGUCCACGGGCGGGGGGGUUCCUCGCUCGCCCAGCUUCCGGAGGGCCCAGAUGUCUCCCGUGGAGAUGUUUGAGUUUCCGGACGCCGGCGAGCAAACGCGGGGGCUCGUCGUGGGCCAACGGCUCCCCCGGCUGUUUGGAGGCGUCCACUACAGGCGAGCCCAGGAGGCCUUCGCCGUGCAGGAGUCGAUGCUGCUCUGAUGCGGAAAGCCGCCUUUCGGUGCACCACUUGUGAACGGCUGCGUCCGGCGAGAGGAAAAAGGCUCAAGCCGCUCAACUCCGAUCACGCUUGCAAAUUAAAGAAAGGCUGAAGAUUUGAUUUGAUUUUUGGAUGGAAAUUGGAAAGCGCUGGUGAGCGAUAAAAAAACAAACAAAAAAAAAAAUAUGUCCAGUGUUUUUCUUAAUAUUCGAGAGCAAAGAUGAAAAGAUGAUUGUCCAUCUUUAUUUUUGUUACUUGUAGACGAUGACACGAGAUGGCAGUUCACACUUGCGAAUGUUGCGUUGUUGUUGUUGACAACCGGAGGAAGUGGCAAAAGUCAGCAGCGCCUCCCUCGACUUGAUCAUUUUCCUUUUUUUUUUUGGUCUUUUCUUGAUCACGACUUCAUCUCGGAGCAACUGAAGUGCAACCUUUAUUUAUAGAACACACACUGAGGACUGCGCCCUUGAGGCCGGUGUUUUUGUUUUUUGGGUUUUUUUUGUAACUUUUUCCAACACAAUUGUCAUUUGUGUUAUGUAUGUCUGAUGGCUUUGAUACAUGAAUCAUGUAACUUAAUAUAUGCCAUGUGCGUGUGUGAUAUUGACCGGGCUGAGUUGCAGUCAAAGUUUGCUUUGAACAAAUUCCAUUUUCUUGUCAACACUGUACGACUGUUGGUGAACACUAAACACGUUCCAUAUUUGUGCAUUGAACUGUUUUUGUCUUUUCCAUUGACAAAUUUUCAUCGUCGGAAGACGACCGCCACCCGCGCUUGGUUGCGUUUGAAUAAUUUGCUUUAAUAAAGAAAGUUCAAGCGGAGAA